CAAGUGCAAUAACCACGUGCGCAGAGCUCCUUUCACAGAGGGGUGCCCAAAUCAUCGCGAUCAAAUGGAUCAGUUCCAUCACUUGCAUUGACCGCAUGUCCCGCCCACCCCCACCCCCACACACAGCGCAAGCUGCACGGACCGCGCCCACCAUGCCCCUCCCCCAAUUAAUCCACCCGAACUGCCUGCUCUCCGUCUCGCACGACGCCGACGACGGACUCGUGAGCGUGCUCCUCCCGCAGCAGCGCACGGACGGCUUCCCCGGCCAGAUCUUCCACGCGGCACGCCUGAGCGAAAAGGUCGUCUUCUCUCCGCUUCUGCUGGAUCCGCACGUGAAUCUGGCGGCGGGCACGGGCAAGGUGUUCUCUGGGUGCCUGAGCAUGGAGGGGCCCGCGCAGCAGCUGCUCGGCGGCCCACAGCCUCAGCUGGUCCAGUGCGCGCUGGCGGUGAAGGAGCAGGUUUUGUCUGAGACGCAUGGCCCUGCUGGUGGGGUGCUGAGAACGGUGUGCGCGAUCCGUGGCGAGGGGGAAACCCUCGAAUUCACGUUGACGCGGUAUGAAUUCCAGAGAGUUGCUGGUGACUGGGUCAUCACGAUCAGCGUGGGCCAGCGGGUGCUGGGCGGCCUCCAGGCGCAUGCGGACGGUGUGUUCUGGAUUGGCACGCCGGAUUUACGGUACCCGCCGCAUGGGCGCAUCUUCGCCGUCGCUGCCGCUACACUUGUGGGGCCAGAUCUGAGGGAAUUGCCCUUUCGCCAGCCGACAGGGCCCUGGCCACAGUUGUUUCCAACGCAGUCUGAUCCGUAUUCUCGUCGGAGCUAGUGGGUAGAUGCAACAUUAUUGGUUUGCUUGUGGCGUGUAUGUCGACAUUCCAAAACUGUCCUCAUGAAUCGUACAGACAUUGAAUCGCCGAUCACUCACGAUGAGGGCUGCUCCAGAUCAGUCCGGCAUUCAUUCCUGUUUGUGCUGAUGCGCGCGCUUGAUUAAGUUCACGGAAGUAUUAUGAAACUCCACCCUUAUGACACUUGGACACGCAUCGAGCCCCAAGUGGGAACUUGACUGACACCCUCUGAUCAAAUCACAGACCCAUCUUUGUGUUCAGCGUCCCACCUUUACAAAUGAGUCUAUAGUUCCUGAUGUGCCGGCGCCAUACGCCGCAGUCAUCGCUUUUUGGGCGACGGAAAAGCACAGACUGCUCGGGGACGAAAUCCGCUGCGUAUUAUCGAGUUCGCGCCGUCCACCAGCGCCCAAGCUUUUCGCGCUCUGCUGUAACAUCGAACGCGCCCUAAAUCCGUAUCAGAUCGAAUACUCACCAAUCAGAGAGUGACCGGUGACAGUGUGACUCUACUUUGCGCGCCUUGGGCCGCUUGGCACGUCCUUCGGGCCGUCAACAAAUUUGACAUCCGUGCCGGAACGCCAACGAUUCUAUGCCUGUCACGAAAGCGGCUCUCUCUCACUCACGCCCUCACUCCCUUUCCCUUUUCCUCUCCUCUCCUCCUCUCCCCCCCUUCGACUAUACCGCUGCCGCGCCUCGCGUUCCCAGGCGGCCCGGAUGGGAGAGACCUAUGACAUUCCGCUGACUCUCGGCGCGUUGUUGGUCGGCGGCUCCGUCGCGCUAUUUCUGAGCGGAGUCGUCGCCGUGCAAUGCAUCAUCUUCUUCAAGCUGUACCCCGGCGAGGGCGUCCGGUCGAGGGCGAUGGUGUUGAGCGUGUGGCUGUUGGAUUCGCUGCACUCGGCCUUCAUCGUCACGUCGCUGUAUAUAUACUUCAUCCGAUUGUUCGGAGAUGCUUCAAAGACCCUGUUUAUUCCCUGGUCUAUCGGCCUGUCGGUGUUAGUAACGGCCUUGCAAACACUCAUUGUCCACCUGUAUUUUGCCCGAAAGAUCUUCCGAUCGAGUGGUGGGAGCUGGUGGAUCACACUGCCAAUUGUCCUCCUGGCGUGCUGCCGCCUUGUCGCGGCAACUUAUUCGACUGCAGAAAUGAUCCACCUGCAGCGCUAUACGGCAUUCAACGAUGAGUAUCCUGGCGGGAUAUUCACCACCGGCCUGUCACUCUCGGCUGUGGUGGAUGUGCUUAUCACCGGCUGCCUGUGCUACUUCCUGCAGCGCAUGCGUCGCAGGACCGCUUCCGGGCCGAUGUCGCAGAUGGUCAAUCUGUUGACUUUGUAUACGCUGGAAAAUGGGUUGCUCACGUGCCUGACAACCACGGCUUCCCUGAUUUGUUGGCUGGCGAUGCCAAACAAUCUGGUCUUCCUCGGGCUCCACUUUAUCAUCGAGAAACUCUACGCCAACUCGUUAUUGAUCUCGCUUAACACACGGAAGGAGCUGCGCGAGAUGCGAUGGAACAAAAGUGGAGGAACGCGCUGGGACAAAUCCGUUCCUGUGUUCACACAGGACGACUUCACGGUCCCGUACUCGCAAUCCCAGUCCGGCAGCUCCCAUCACGGCUACGGCCACGGCGCGAACACCGAGCUGGCCAUGUCGAAACCACACUCGGCGUACCGGCCCGCGUCGAAACUCAAUCCGCGGACUUUUCCUGCGACGCUGCAAGUCAGCGUCGAGCGCAGCGUGCGCCGGACGUCGGCCGAUCUGUCCGAGUACGCGCUGGCAUAUGCGAGCCCGUACGACGAGCGGCGCCGCGGCCGGGGUGCGCAGAGGUAUCAGGUGCACCGCCCCGGAUCGCACGAGCCUCUGGGCGACCAGCUGCGGUCUUUGCCCUGA